UUGUUUGUAGAAAUACUCUGGAUAUCGAUUAAACUAUUGGAAGCCUACGUGAUCGAAACUUAUUGUUAUUCUAUCCAUACUCUAUGAAGAUUUACUUGACGAUUUAUCUCACAUCUGUCUUAUUGAGGAAAAAACUAAAAAUGCACAUAUUAGAUUACGAUCCAAAUGAUACACAAUUAUUCAUGACGUUAAACUUUAAGCUGAGCGAAUAUGGAAAAUGGAUUUAUUUUGUUUACAGUUUUCAUUUGACUAAGUUGUGCCCGCGACUUUUGCGUCAUUAAAAAAACUAGACAGUCUUUGUGUCAAAGUUCGUACAAAUACGUAUGGCCAUUUUGUAAUUAAAUACCUGCUAACAAACAUCCAUCGGUCUAUUUUUAUAUUUUUUAUAUUCGAUGUUGUUAAUAAAGAUUCAGUAUACUAAGAUUUGUACGACUAUAAAUUUAUAUGUUAAUCUAAUUUUCAAUCCGUACCGUGUACUCACAUCUAAAUUCGAAUACUCGCCAUAACAAUGCGUUAGUCACGUCUUACUUUAAUUCAAUGACAGUUUAAAGCCAUAAUUUUCCUGCAGGAAGAGGUUAACGUGAGCUAAUAAAAAAAUAUUACGAAGGCAGCUCGUUUUGUUGUGAUUUCAUUCGAAAUAUUUUCCUCAAUCUGUUUGUGGUAUAAAAGCUUUGAGAUUUUCAUAAUCAUCACAGUUUGAAUCCGACACCAUGGGUAGAAAGAUCUGGUUCUUGCUUACGGUUGUGACUAUAGUUCAGUCAAAGGAUCUCUCUGAAGGAUCCGAUGAUUUCGGAACUACUACUAAGAAAAUAUUCGACGAAAACAAAAAAGCAAAUCCAGCGAUAUGGCGUCAAGUGGACAAUAUCACUAUAACUGGAGACGAAGGCGCGAAAAUCAAUAAAAUCCUUGUAACAGAUUUGAGAGAAGAAAAAGAUGGAGAAGCGAAAAUAGUUGAAGGUGGUAUCGGUCAGCGAAAUGUGACUAUAGAAUUGAAAAGUCCUACAGCACUGAGAGGAUAUGAUUUCCAUAUUGAAGUGUAUGCAAAUUCAGACAGCGAGGCAUCAACAAGUCACGACGCAACCAAACAAGAAUCAAACCCAGCGAAACCCACUGAGGAAAAGAAACCAAUUAACGCAGUUCCAAUUGUACCUAUAAGUUUAACUAAAGAUGAAUUACCCUCAACUUCUGAACAACCUCAAGACUCUUUAAAAGAAAAUAAGAGACAAAACCGUGAUGCCGAAGAAAAAUAUAAAUUAAAUAAGCAACUCAACCCACAUUCUUUUACUGAUGUUACCACAGAAGUGCCUGAAUUGAAAUCAACAGCCAUCCCAGCAACGAAUAAAGACAAAAGAGAAGAUAAAGUACUCGAGCAAGGUAUAACUAACCAUCAUAUACAUUUACAAGAAGCACCUAAAAUGCCCGAAUCAACUGCAAGAAGUAUUCCCACGACGGAAUUCAAAAUAGCAGAAGAAAAGCACAAUCAAGAAACCCGUAACAUCGAAGAAAAUAAAAAGCAAACAAAUUUCGAUAAGAACGAGAAACAAACGAAUAUUAACUAUUCUCAAUUUAACGUUCGAGAAGUGACUCCCAAUGUACCUGUAAACGCGCAAUCGCCUGUUGUAGAAGGUCACAAGAGACAUGCCCGUGAAGUUAACCAAAAUGCUCCGGCAGUGGAAAGUACAGAGCAUCCAUUACCUCCUGCAGCAUCCAGAAACCAAGGUUCUAUAACAACCAAAGUCCCAAGUGAAGCAACACACAUAGAAAAUAAUCCAGCAGUUCUAACAGAAGACAAACAAAACAAAGAACACGUACAAGUCGAUAAAGUUGAAGAAAAAACAAUACACGAACACCAUAACCACAAUCAUAGAUUCAGUGGGCGACAUGUUCCCGAUAGAUUUGCUCGCAAUCCUUCCUCUGCUUCAAAACGUGAAACAUCUACGGAAAUUAACAAAGUUUCAACAAUUGCAUCAACGAACAUCAAUACAGCACAAUCUAGUACUCCAGUCAUUCCAAGAAUAAUUGCAAGCGAUCAAACUACAACCAAGCCAGAAAACACUGCAGGUAAGCAAGUUGAUACUGACAUUAAUUCAGAAUUACAUAUUAAUACAAACAAGAAAAGCGCUUCUGAAGAAAUCACAGCAAACAAAAGGAUUACACGUGAUACAACUGACAAAAAUAAAGAACAACCAGCAGUAUUACCAACUGUUAACAUAAAAGAUUCUCCUUCUUCAACGACAUUAAAACCCGAAUUAAACGGAUUUAAAGCGCCAGUCGAAGCUUCUGAAAAGGAAAUCAAACACGAAUCUGAAAAAGCAGAUAAAUCAGAAAAUAAAGACAAUCAAAGAAACAUUAGAGGUACUGUGGAUAAUAAAGAAAAAAUCAACGAUCUGAGUACUUCAACUACAAAACCCGAUAAUAAAGAAAGCAAUGAAAAAGUAUCGACUGCUAAAACACCAGUUCCAGUGCCUAUUCUACUUAAAUCAACUCCUGAAGUUAAAACACAGCUUAAAGAUGUUCCUAACGAAAAGGAAAGAAUCGCUCGUGACGUAGAUAUUAAAAAAUCACAUAAUGACGAGAAGUCAUCUUCAACAACAGAUGCUACUGGGAUUGAAAUCGAAAAGGCAAAGAAGUCAGACGAAAAAGUAACUGUAGAAUACCAAUCAUUAAUUUCUACCAUCAAAGAUAACAAGAAAGAAGAAAAAGCACCAACAACUGCCAAUAAUGAAAAUGCAACUAAAAGUGAAAUAAACCCGAAAAUAGAAGAAAACGACACACAAAAUGGUGACCUUAAAAAUCUGCCUGGAACAUUCACAAGAGAAAUUAAAAACAUUAAAGGAACGUCGACUAUUGAAGAGCAAAAUAAUAAGAAUGACUUAAGUACCACAAGUGCACCUUUAAUUGACAGAAAAGAAAAAACUGAACCUAAAAAGCCAGAAAAAUCGUUAGUUCCACCUCAAUAA